GAAUUAGCCACUCGAGGCCGUUGCUUCCUCUCCUACCUUCAUCCUCAUCAAUCAAAACAUGCCACGUGUAACAAACACCGACACCAUGUAUUAGCCUCCGGGACUGUUACCCCAUCACUUGUCGUCCUUAACGGCACCGGAACCCCCCCCAAGAGUUGCCUGUUAGACACACAUGUGCAUACACAUUCCCAAGAUCCUAACCUACUAUUCUCAUGUGCCCUCUUAACCAACUAAACCACCAAUGCCUUCAUGUGCCUAAGAGUCCUCAUAUUUUGAAUUACCCUCUUAUACCACUCCAAAUUCACAGCAUCAAUGCCUUCUACUACCUCCUGACACAUCCCAUCUCCCUCUCUCUCUCUCUCUCUCUCUCUACAACCACUGUACAAGAGAGCGAGAUAUCAUAAGGAAUUCUUGUAUUAUAGCCUAUUUAUAUAUAUGAAUUUGAAAUGAUUUGGGAUGGACCGAGGAUGGAAGCCUAAUGUUGAAAUAUCACCAAAUUGUCCUCGGUGUGGUUCUUCAAAUACUAAAUUUUGUUACUAUAACAACUAUAGCUUAACUCAACCCAGAUACUUUUGCAAAGGUUGUAGAAGGUAUUGGACUAAAGGCGGUUCGCUGCGGAAUGUCCCCGUGGGCGGUGGUUGCAGGAAGAAUAGAAGAGGGAAGUCGUUGAGAUUGUCCAGUACUGAUGUUGCACAGUCCAAAAGCUUAGGUUAUGGUGGUGUAACUGCUGAUUCUACUAGGCAUGUUCAUGGCUAUAAAGGGAUUAAUCCCUCUAUUGAAUCUUGUAGCUCAUCGACAAGGUCAAAUGGUUCGCAUAUUGAUCUUGCACUUGUUUACGCAAACUUCUUGAAUCCACAGCAGCCAGAUCCCAAGACUGCUUCGUCAGGUUUUGAGAUGCAAGAAUUGGGUAGUGAUCAUUUUGAUCCUUCUCUUGACUUUUCCGGCAUUUCAAACGUGAAUUUGGAUUCAACUACAGUUCAACUACAUGAUAUUGGAGACCACAAUUUUGCUGGAUGCAUCCCUGCUAUCUCUGAUUCUUCCAUGGGAGAUCCACCAAGUGACAAUCAUCAAUUGAUGCACUACUGUGGAGUAGACUCAUCAUCAAAACACAAGCAAGAAGCUAAUGAUCAUAAGAUUCCACAAUGCACAAGUAUUACACAUGACCCAAUCAACUAUGGAUUGCCUCCAUUGCCAGGGGAGGAGAUUGGUUCUCAAGAGAUUCUGUGGCCUAGUUCUCAUAUGAUGGAGCAUAGUCAUACCUUGCAAGUAACACAACAGCAGGCAGUUCUUGGACCGGAUCAAACUCAAGAUCCUAAUACUCUUUUGUUUGGUAAUUGGAGCCCUUUUGAUUUGUCUAGUGAUGAUGCUUUCUCAAGGAGUUGAACGCUAAAAAGGUUUUUCCUUCUCUUUUUAUUCAUCAAAUCUUUUCUUGGCAUUAUUAUGUAUAGAAUGUAAAAUAAUCUAUACAUGUAAAAGUUUAUGCUUAUUACCUGACUUCUUUUUUUAAAUGAUAAAUAAGGCAUAUGGCACCUAUACUUUUGUUUUCAUUCCCUGGGAAAUUUUGUAUAUUAAGAUUAUCAAAGCUUCCAUUAUAG